AUGUCGUCACAAUCUGACCAGGACGAUCCGUUUUCCAAACCGUAAGUAGAUUUUUGAAAGAACUUUCAAAGAAAUCUGAAAUAUAGGUUCGUCAGACGGAGAUUCCAAGCUACUUUAGCGCAACAGGUUGCCAAUCAAGGGAUGGAAGAAGAUCUACUUCCUACUGGUACCAAAAUUGGAGAGAAUACGGUUAACUGAAAAUUAUUUCAGUUGGAAACGCCGACUCUCCUAGUGCUGCUGGUAACAAUUUGUCAUCUCCUCCUCUGAGUCUCCCGGAAACAUUGUCAGAAGGAAAUCCGGACAUUGUAAGAUUUAUUAGUUACAGUUUUUUAUUCUUGUUAGGAGAGAAACUUACAGAAUCUCUCAAGUGAUGACAGUGAGCCGGAAAUCAACCAGCAAGCGUUGAGUCAAUCAUCGACAUCGACUGUCACGAACACUGUAGAGGCAUCUGGAAUUGGUCAAGGGACAGCCCCACGUCUCACAAAAAAAUCGUCAAGCCGUGGUUUCGAUUACGAUGCUGAAGAUAUUGCAACAGCGCCUGCUCAGAAGAAAAAGAAAGAAGAAGUGGACAGUAAGAAUGAAAAGGCAGACGACGAGAAAAUUAGCUAUGAUUUCAGUGAAAGGCGCAAAGUUCAUUCCGAAGCAAGAAAAAAAACAUGUGUACAGACACACAUGGAGGAAUGAUGAAGACGCUGAUGACGAUGAAAUGGCUUCCUCUUCGUCCUCAAACAGACAUUUUUCCAGGCCGGCUCAGUCGUCAGCCAUUGCGGGAAAACAGGUCGUCACUUCGACGUUUUUUGCAUAAUUUGUGAUAAUUUACAGCAAAAACAAGCUCCCGAUGUUAGAAAUUCUGCUAUGGCAGCCGGACAGAGGUCUCGAGUAAAGCACAUCAAGGAGGCUAACGAGUUGCGCGAAUCUGGCGAGUACGAUGACUUUAAACAAGAUGUCGUCUACAUUCUCAGCAGUCUUCAAUCGGCUACUGCUUCCGAGAAAGUUAAAUGCCUCAGGUCUCAAAAAUUUCUCCUGUAGUUACAAAGUCGACGUUUUAGCGCUAUUUCUCUUGCUAAGAAAUGUGUCUCGCCUGAUUUCCGCCAGUUCAUCAAGAGUGAGAACAUGACAAAAUGCAUCAUGAAAUCUCUACUGAAUUCGCCCGAAGAUGAAGUACUUAAUAGCAAAACACCUUUCUAGUAGACCACCUUUCGUUUCAGCUUUUCGCAUUGGCAGCAUCCACCGUGAUUUAUCUUCUCACUCGGGAUUUCAAUUCUAUCAAAAUUGACUACAUUACGCUGCGCUUAGUGGGUCAACUGCUGAAAAUCGAAAGAAUGGAGCAACGGCCAGAAGACAAAGAACGUGUUGUGAAUAUGAUCUGGGAAGUGUUCAGUUCGUAUAUUGAAAAGCAGGAAAUUGGCGGUCAGAAGGUCUCGUUCGAUAUGCGAAAAGAGAAUCUCACUCCCUCGGCGCUCAUUAUCGAAGCACUAGUGUUCAUCUGUAGUCGUGCGGUUUCCGACGAAGCGUUCAAAAAUGAGCUUCUGAAUCUCGGAAUCUUGCAGUUUGUAGUGGCGAAAAGUGAGUUCGACUGACCCCAGUUAUAAAUAUUUCGGGCAUUUCAGUUGAAACUGAAGUGAAUGCGAUUGCGGAGGGAAGCGAAGAUCUCUUCCACGUCCUAAUUCUCAACCGGUGCUUCAGAAUUCUGGAAUCGGUAAUCUGUGUUGAUAUGUUUGUCUCUAAACAUGAUAUUAUUUCUAGAGCUCGGUUUUUCACAAAAAGAAUCAGGCAUUCUUGAUAUCACAUCGUUCCAAUGCUCUCAUCGCCAGUUUAGCUAAGUACGCUCUGAACCAUUUCUACACUUCCAAUAAUUUCAUUUUGCAGAUUCUUACAAAUAGUUCACGACAAAGCAGACGGUUUGCCUGAAGAAACUCUCAAAAAAUACAUGUCUUGCCUGGCUCUUAUGUGCCGUUUACUCAUCAAUAUCUCACAUGACAAUGAACUUUGCUGCUCAAAGCUUGGCCAAAUCGAUGGAUUCUUGCCGAACGCGCUUACCACGUUCACUUAUCUUGCUCCGAAGUUCGGAAAAGAGGACAGAUACGAUAUCAAUGUUAUGGUAAAAUCAACUUUUUUUCGUAAUCAAAACCUCUAAAUUCACAGAUGACUUCUCUCCUGACAAAUCUCGUCGAAAAAUGCAACACAAAUCGCAAAGUUUUGAUUUCUCAGACUGUAAAGGUGUGCUUGAAUUGAGAAUUCUAAGCUAAUGAUAACUGUUCAGAUGGUCAUUCCAGGAAAGGAAGAAGAAGAAGUUUCCGCUUUGGAAGCCAUAACAAGGGUGAGACUAGGCUAUCAAUUACAUGAGAAUAAAAUUUGUUAUUCAGCUUUUCGUCCAUCACGAAUCUCAAGCUCAGAUUGUAGACGCCGACCUAGAUCGAGAAUUAGCGUUCGAUGUAAGUUAUCCAGCGGAGAUUCAGCGUUGAACUUUGAAUUUUCAGGAAGGAGGGUACGGAGAUGAAGACGAAGAAGAAGAAGGAGAGAGCAGCAGUGACGAGGACGGUGUUCGCAAGGAUGGGCGUCUCGAUCGCAACAAAAUGGACAGAAUGGAUCAGGUGGACGUUGUUCAUGCUCUCCAGCAAGUCAUGAACAAAGCGUCUGCGCACAUGGAGGACAGUGUCAUUGCCUCGUACCACGCGCUGCUUCUUGGAUUUGUUCUGCAGCAGAACGAAGAACACCUAGGCGACGUUCGAAAACACUUGCCCGGAGGGAAUUUUGAAAACAUGAUAUCGCAAUUGAAACGUCUAUACGAAUUUACAAAGACCACCAUCGUAAGAGUUUUCCCUCAACAUCAUAAAAAUGAUCUCAUUUCAGGCGAAACGGGUAGAGUCCAAGUCGGGGUUCCGUGCCAUAGAAAGAGUCAUCGAAUACUUCGAGCGCAUUGACUAA